AUGAGUUAUCCUGGAAGGGUUGUGGCCUUAAUCUUUGCUCCUCUGGCAGGCUGUCAAAUCUUUAAAUGGUCAGGACAACUGGAAAAUGUGGCUCUCAACUCACAAGAAACAGCACCAAGUGCCGAAGAGUUCAAUAGAAUCAUCCGCCUUAAUUUCCCCCAAUACAGAAGUUAUUGUGCAGGCGAGGCUCUCAGAGAAUUUUUACCGCGAUGUAUGCAGAACGGUAUCGAAACCCUUGAUCCCCAGCUCCGGGUUCAGGCUGCGAUCAAGCUCUCCUUUUGCGAGUUUCAAGAAUCAGGACUCGAAGUGACGCCCCAUAGGUGCUUAGAUUUGAGCUUGGAGGGCUCUAAAAGGUGUAUGGAUCAAAUGCGAAGUUCCCCACAAUGGUGGACGACUUACAGUGGAAACUACCAACGAUUAUCAACCCUGUGCUAUGAGAAUUCACUGCCUUUUGAAAAGGAGCAACUAGUUGAACUGUUCCUGAACAUUACCAAAAUUUAUGCAAGCUUUAGCGAGAAGCUAGAUGCAGAGCUUACCAGAAAGCUCAUUGUACUCGAAGAAUUCAUGACCCAAAGAAUGAGCAAUUUUGAAGAUAUGUUUGGGCAGCAAGUAGCAGAUAUGAAUACAGCAUAUGCACGUCAGAUGAGCAGCUUUUUGGAGCAUCUUGACAAGCUUCAAGAUGACGCUUUUACCACUUUCAGUAAUAAUGCCUUGGCGGUAAGAAACGAGGUAAGUGACUUUGACAGAGAGUUUUUGUUUGACUUGAAGAACUUGAAGCAUUACGUGGAAGAUAUUAACGCAGAGUUCACCCAUGGAGACUACGUGGAGAAUAUUCGAAGGCUCAAGGCCGAGAAUUUUGAAAGUGCUCAACUUAUAAGCGAAACCAGUUUGUCAUACCUGCGUGGCAUGGACAAGGCCCUAGGCGACGUUGGUGCACUAUCCGAAAUAUCCGCACAAAAACUUACAAGGCUCGACAAAGACGUUACUGACUCCUACGUAGAUAUGUUAACAGCUUUCCAGGACUUCAAGAGUCUAAUUAAAGACUCCAUGGUACCUUUCAUCCAAGAAGAGUUGGGCUCGAACUUAAACGCAUUUUCUCAUAAAUUCAUCUCGGAGCUAGAGAAUAUUGAUCGUGUCUUAAGUGGCAAAGCAAAAUCAUGGGGGAAAAGUCUCGACAGCACCUUCGAGAAAGUUAACUCAGGCCUGAAUUGUACAUCAGAAAGUAUAAAUGAGUUGGACAAGGGCUUGAGGACAAUUCGGAUUGAGUUGGGGGCUUUUUUUGGUACACUAAACUUUAUGAGAAAGAGCAUUUUGGGAGUAGUUAGGCCCAUGCUUCAACUGGUUAGCGUAAUCCCAAUCGCAGCAAGACCUCUUAUCGCAAUAAUUUUGGUAAAAUUAAUCUCAUUUUCUGGGUAUUUUUUACCAAAAGCUUCAACAGUGUGGACUUCCAAUUUUGGUACUUGCUUCUCAGUUAUAAGCGCUCUCAUUGCUGGCUUACUGAUUGGAUUCUACUCAAUAGUUUAA